UCCGAAGGAAGAAGACAGUUCUGUGGUGUUACGAUGUCACUUCCCAAUCGUCGGCCUUGACCUACCAUAGAAGCGCUGUAGUCGGCUUAUCACUUGCUUAUCAACGCACCGACCAGUAUUUGACUCUACGUUUCGAGCGCCUCGUCGAGUCUCUUGUUUCCCCCUUCAGCCCACGAAACAUUUCACAGGACCUGGAUCUUUCUUACAAGUUUCAGACCAUGUGACCUUACAUGGAGCUUACAGCGACAGAAGACCUCAACUUUUCUCUAAAUUACUGCUUUUCCUAUGAUUUCAACUGAAGAAUCUGGCCAGAUCAUUCAUCAACAUCUCCGAAUGCAGCGGCUGGAGGGAGAAAGCUUUCAAAUGUCUAAUGAGCUGUUCAAGUACUUUAAUUACUGACUGCGAAUGUACAAAUUUGACGACAAAUGACGACCAUGGGUCGACCUGGGAUGAUGCGGGAUGCUGCCUGAGCUUUUGCAGUGUACAAAUGAUAAUGACGAUAAUACAAAUCUACCAUGACCUCUACGUAAGUCAGCACUCAGUCAGAAGUACACAUGGCCCUCCCAAUACCAUGAUGCCGAAAACCUCGAGAACAAGGAGCGGUUGCUGUUCAAAACCAACUGCUUCCUGUACCUGCAAUAGCAUCUCUUUAAAUUCUUCGAUGUCCAGUCGGAUCUUCGAGAGCUCUACCGAAGCCUAAACAGAGCUGUCUCCGAUGGCUCAGAAUAUUCAGUGCCUACGACUUCGAUGUCGGAUUAGGAGCUGCUGCUGCGAUGACGAGGAAAUCCAAGCCUGCAACGAACGGCGUCAUUAUUACUCCGACACGAUGGUGGAUCCAUACUGUGUGGACAUCUGGAUGCCAUGAAGUCGAUGACUCCCAUGAAAUUCAGUCAUUGGCACAUUAUCGGCAGUGUCAAAGGUCAGGCAGAGUCUGUGUUUGCUGCAGAAUUUGAUACGUGUGACAUGGACGACACUCAAAGACACGAACGCGCCAUAAAAUAUAACUUUCAAUGAUUAUUCAACAUAAAUCGUUCAAGUUGUGAAAGACAGUGGAUCACAACCCCAAACUUAAUUACGUCCAGCUUAUAUAAAUUUGCUAUAUAAAUUUUUAUGAAAUUGUGAUGUAAGCGGUUCCGUAGAAAUAAUCAAAAUCUUAAUAUAUUGGAGAAAAGUUUA